AUGGCUAUCCCAACCACGUCGACUUCGGCCAUGCAAGGCUUCUCCCUUUUUCCGACGACGGUCCCAAAGAUCUCCAUCCCAAACCCGCAUAAAAAGAAUCCAAGCCUACACAGCAUCAGUAUCGUUACCUCGCCGGACAGCGCGUUUUCGCCCAAUGCCGAGUCCGUCGUGAUUAAAAUGGAGGAGGAACGGCCGCCUCUCCCUCGACUCCCUGCCAGCCUUAGCGCACAGCAGCAUACGAGAGAAUCCACUCCUUCUCCAGAAGAUAUUGGUAGGGCGGUGAGCACGACGUCGCCUAUCGAUGGGAGGACGCCUACCCAGCCCGUUCCCCAACCUUCUGCUGCAGCAGUGGCCUAUACCCCAUCAUUAUACCAGUCGCCCGACCUAAACCAGACAUCAUCUCCGCAACCCUUGUCAUCACUAGGCACAGGAUCAGCAACGACGUUGGUGGCAGCACCCGCUCCUACAGCGUAUAAUCGGAGCAUGACGAAUAAUAAAUCACCCACCGAUCCUUCACCUAUCGUCCCCAUCCGCUCCAUGUUCCCCGUUUACGACCCCUCUGUGCCUAUAACUCAUCAAGUGUACGUCCCGCAACCGCCACCGCCCGUGCGACUCUCAGGGAUGCCCAUGUUCGCGGGCAUGCCGGCUUCCCGGGAAGACUACCGAAGUAGUCUCUCAAUUCCAUUCAACGCUUCGGCGAUAGCGGCCGCACAGAGAACUGCUCCUGCUAGUGUCCUCAACUUCCCGUCAGACGUCAUGAGCAUCAACGUUGGACCCCGCAUAUCGACGCAAAGGGAACUCGAGAAACUGUGGGAAGCUUCUCAUGGGACAGAACCGGCUUGUUCGAUCAAGACUUUCGAUCUCGAGAUGGCACGGACCGCGGAAGCAACCUUUGUCUUUGGCUCGCACCCUUCUCUCCCCUUCUACACCCUGCAAACGUACGACACGAAUGAAAUCGCCGUCUCCAAAACCUGCCCCAGCAAACCUCGGUCAUCACCGUCAGUCAGCGCAGAAUCGCCACUCACGCGCGACGUCGUUCUCUGCCCUCUGGAGCCAGCGGCUCGUCGGCUCCCACCCAACGAUGGCCUCGUCGCCUUCAUAUUCCCCAAGCUGGCGGCCCUGCUCGCGAUCAACCAAUCAGCGGCGCUCGCCCGACAACACAGUCUCGCGCCCACGGACCGAGACGAGAUCGAAGCACAGGCGGUGCGUCGUGCGGCGCACCAAGAAGCCUGCCACUUGCGAUUCAACGCAAAGGGCGGGUUUUAUGAACUCGAACACCCGGCCAUCGGGCGAGGUGCGAUGGGCGGGGAAUUUGCACUGAAAAGUCCUGCCACGUUGCUGAGCUCGCCGACCACGGUCAGGAGUAUGACGGGCAAGCCGGUGCUGCAUGUGACCAUUUCCACCGACGGUGCUCUUCCGACCAUCUAUGUGAUUGACCCGAACGCUUCGCGGCGGACGGGGGGCACAGUCAUGACGCCAACCACCGCAGCUCCAUCGUCCGCCGGAGCGGGCAUACGACGACUGUCCACGCUCCCGCACACCGAGAUCACCUCGACAGGACCCUCAUUGGAGUUCCCCCCGCUCGCUUCGCUCGAUCUGACCUCUGAGAUCCUGCACGUGGACGCCAACGCCAUUCUCGAGCUGAUGCCCAGCCUGUUCAGCAUCGACUGCAUCAUCUCAGCCAUCCUCUCCGUCGCGGUGGCAGACGCAACCACGAACGCCGUGCUGGGAGGUAUGGAGAUCUGGAAACCCCGACCCGCACCGGUAUCCCGUCUCGGAACCACCGGCGCCUCCGCCGCCAGAAGCAUCCACACACGCGCCGGCAGCGUCAAGAGCCACGCGGGCAGCGUCUUCUACGCCACCAUCGCCGAGAGGGAGGAGGCCGAGGAAGAAGCCAAGCUGAUGCGCCGAGCCCACGAGGCCGACCUUCGGACCGGUGGCGGCUCCUCGUCGAGGUCCGGCAACAAAGCCAAGGGGGUGUCGAGGAUGUGGUUCGGGAGGUUAUCGAGCAGCAGCACAGCCAACGACUCGGCCGAUGAAGACGACGUGUCAGAAAAGAGACCGUCGUCGCGGAGGAAAACCAAGAACAAGAACAAGAACAAGAAGCAGAUCGUCAUGCAUGAAUUCGACCUCGAAAAACUCGGCCAUUACCAGAGCGGCGACCGCAAGGGCGAGGAGCUCCCCGCCGUCACGCGCGGCGUGCUUAGUGGCUUGGUCAUGGGCUUGAGGCUGAUCGUCUGGCUGUUGACCAUGGUCGUGCAGGUGCUGGCUUGGGUUUUGGUCCAUGUCACUCGGGGGUUGACGAGUGAGAAAUUCUGA